UCCAUAUCACAUGAGUAAUGCUGAAUUCACACGCCAACAGAUUUUUGCAAAAUCCCUUUCACUGCAAAUUUGGAUCUGGAUUUGGAUUGGCUAUAAUUUUUAAUUAUUUCCUUAUCACUUAUCGCGUGUGUUUGGUUUGGUUGUGAAACGUAGUUUGCAGACCAGACAGAGUUGUCAGCAAUUCUUCAUAUUGUAAAGGAAUUCUUCCUGUUGAAACCCCCUGUCGCGAUCCAUCGUGCAGUGUGCACACAUCAGCGACUGAAUGCUAUGCCAUUUAGUUGUGCAGUGUGAAAAGAACAGUGAUCUGAUGACUUUGAAAAUCAUGCAGUGCGAACUUGGCAUAAGAGUGCUCUUGAUCUGAACAUCAGUACGGUGGCUGUGAUUGGACCGUGAUGAUCACAUGACUGAUAUCCAGCACUGCAAUACCACUCACACUCUCAUAUUGCUUUUAGAAACAUUACUUGGUCGGAAUGAGUGGGAACCCUGAAUAUUUGUUUUUGGGUUUUUUUUUGUUUUUUUGUUCAAACUAAUUCUCAACUUGCUUGGGUGAGCAGUGAGACAGUGUGGCUUUACUGACAUCUAGAGGUAAAAUUGAGCAACUGACUCAAAACGUCAGUGGAUACAUUACAAACAUGACAGUCAACAAUAAUACGAAACAUUUCAGCUAAAAAAGGAUUUGCUCUCCAUCCUAAUGUUUCUCGGCUGGAGGAUGGAUUUAUUUAUUUAUUUAUUUUUUAAAAAAGUGUCAUUGAUUUGAAAAUAUUGGAUGAGAACUGAACUUAGCUGGAUGACAUGUUUUCUGUAGAGCUGUUUUAUAUUGAACUCAUUUCAAAAUUGAUGAUAUUUACAACAGAACUGAAUCAACAAUGAACUGACCUUAGCUGAACAAUGACACUAUUUUCUUUUUAAAGCUGCUUUCCUGCAGAAUUGAACUCUGUUUACAUCACUGAUCACUCAUUAUCUAUAUCAGAAUCAGAAUGAGUUUUAUUGUAUAUUUACACUUAUGAAGAAUUUGUCUUGGUGACAGAAGCGUCCAUGGCAGAGACAGAAUGACAAGGGUCCAGUGAUGUCCUUCAGGUGGGCCAACGCCAGUCUCUCAAAUGACUUCUUGACCACAGACGUCAAAGCAACAGGUCUUUCAGUCCUGUGAUUUUGGGUUUAUUGGAGAUGGGGAUGAUGGUGGAGCAUUUGAAGCAGGAAGGGACUUCUCAUAGCUCUAGUGAUCUGUUGAAGAUUUGUGUGAGGAUACGGGCCAGCUGUUUCCGGAAGACCCGAAACACAUCCUCUACACAGAUCGUGGAGGAGGGAGGGGGAUGGGGAGGUGUUGAUGAAUGCAUGGAGAGAAGGUCAGAACUCUAAAUCUCCUAUGAUUCUUCAGUUGAAUCUUUAGUAAGCCCUGAAUGAUUGUUCUCAUAGGAAGAAUUGGAACAAGUAGAUUAAUGCUGGGGAUUCAUUUGGUCCUCUAAAACAUCUACUUGAGACGAAGUUGAAACUGAGGAACAUGCAACAGUUGAAGUUUUAGCAGUUUGCUGAACAUUGCUAUGACCAACAGAGGCUUCCUAAAACCUGCAUAUGUUACAAUCUGAUGCCUACAAACUUGUUUAGAACAAAUCAAUUUGAACUUCGAUCCAGGAAAGUAACUGUUUACCUCCUAAAUGUGAAAAUUAACUGUUGACCGCUGGGAUGCUGUUUCUGACAAAUAAAACAGGUCAAAAUUCUCUCAACUAUAUCUCAGGCAUUAAGAUAAGGUUACUGUCUGGUUAUGUGUGUGUGUGUGUCUAUACUGCAUGAGUAAAUAUAUGUUCAAUAUAUUUAUACACAUAUAGUACCAUAUCUUAUCACAUGUAUAUCUAUAUGUUAUGAAGUGUAUUGCUGAAUAUAAAAGUAAAUAUGUUGUCAUAUUCUUCAAUAAAUGAAAAGUGGCAAUUCCUUAUAUUGUAAUAUAUUAACACAAUAUAUUAUUCUGUAUAUUUUCAAUAUACUGUUAAAUCAUUUAAUAUAUUGAUCAUUCAUAUAUAAGGAAAUAUAUUUUCUUUGCAUACGGGUUGAAGCUCUUUAUAGAAAUGUGGCAAGCUGGAGGGUUGAUCACUCUUCAAUCUGGGAACAAAAAUAGAGAUUUAUAAAGAUAUUAUAAAGAUGUCAUAUGUAUCCAUGUACUGAAAGAUCAGAUGUCCUAUAAUAGAUAAUCGUUAAUAUUUCAAAUCACCAUCCAACAUCAAAUAAGGCAGAAUAAGAGUUAAACACGAGACAAGAUGAAAAAGAUGCAGAAGCUCCACCCUCUUACAUCACUUACCAGGAAGUGACUGUCUUAUUUCUCCUUUCUGCCUCUUAGUGUCGACAAAAUCAUAAAAUAAUCUGCAAUCAGUGGAGAAGUAACACUUUCAAGAAGAGACAGAAGAUCUUUGUGAUUCUCAUGUUGAUUAAUUUUUGAAACCAUCAUUCAGAAAGUGUAAUCUUAGAUUGCUGGAGCUCAAACAUUGACAAUGUAUUCACUAUCUGAAGAAGAACUUUCUUGUCCCAUGUGCUGUGAAAUCUUCAAGAAUCCUGUUAUUUUAUCAUGUAGUCACAGUGUCUGUAAAGAGUGUCUUCAACAGUUCUGGAGAACCAAGGGAACUCAUGAGUGUCCUGUCUGCAAGAGAAUAUCCUCACAUGCUGAACCUCCAUGUAAUCUUGCAUUAAAAAAUGUGUGUGAGUCGUUCCUGAAGGAGAGAAAUGAAAGGCGUUCAUCUGAGGAGAUCUGCAGUUUACACAGUGAGAAACUCAAACUCUUCUGUCUGGAGGACAAACAGCCUGCGUGUGUAGUGUGCUUUACUUCACAACAACACGACAAUCAUAAAUUCAGACCCAUCAGUGAAGUGGCUUCAUCAUAUAAGGAGGAGAUCAAUACACUGCUUAAAUCCUUACAAGAGAAACUUAUACACAAAGAAAAAGUUAAAGGAGUGUUUGAAAAAACAGUUCAUCACAUCAAGUCUCAAGCUGAGCACACAGAGCGUCAGAUUAAACAGCAGUUUGACAAGCUUCAUCAGUUUCUCAGAGAUGAAGAAGAAGCUACAAUCACUGCACUGAGGGAGGAAGAGGAGCAGAAGAAGCAGAUGAUGAUGGAGAAGCUGGAGGAGAUGAACAGACACAUCUCAGCUCUUUUACACACAAUCAAAGACAUGGAGGAGAUGAUGAAAGACAAUGACGUCUGCUUUCUGAAGGAGUUUCCAGUCUCAAUGGAAAGAGUCCAGAGUUCACAGCCGGAUCCACAGAUGGCUUCUGGAGCUUUGAUUAAUGUGCCACGUUACUUGGGCAACCUGCCGUUCAGAGUCUGGAAGAAGAUGCAGGACAUCGUCCAAAACACUCCUUUGAUUCUGGAUCCAAACACAGCUCAUCCAGAUCUUGUCCUGUCUGAUGAUCUGACCAGUGUGAGAAACAGCAGGAUCAAUCAACUUGUUCCUGAUAAUCCAGAGAGAUUCGACUGGUAUCCCUGUGUUCUGGGUUCAGAGGGGUUUAACUCAGGAACACACUGCUGGGAUGUGGAGGUUAAAGAGAGUUUCUGCUGGAUUCUUGGAGUAACUACAGCAUCAAACCAAAGGAAGGGGCAUCGUUGCUUUAACACUGAUGUCUGGAGUGUGGAGUAUGAACAGGAAGGACUGUCUGAACCAUUUGGCUCUCGUAUUAAACAAAAGCUUGAUCGUGUGAGAGUGUAUCUGGACUAUGACAGAGGAACGGUGUCAUUCUCUGAUCCUGUAACUAACACACAUCUACACACAUUCACAACCACCUUCACUCACACACUCUUUCCAUUCUUUAGUUGUUAUCCCUCUCUGAGGAUCUUAGCGUUCAGUAGUCAGUAAAUGUUACUCCUGUAGGUCUGGAUCUUCCCGGUUAACAGGCGUAAGCUAGUAGGGGGUGUGUAAAUUUCACUCCCCUGAACUCAAGAGGUGUUCUAGUGACUGACGCUGGAGACAGCGGUCUUCAGCCUUCUUGUUAGAGCGCCCACCUUCCAUGCUGACGGGCCCGGGUUCACGUCCCGCUUGGAGCGGGCAGGUGCGAACUAGAGGGGCUACACAGGGAACAUUCUCAUAACUUUGUCUAAUGUUCUGAAAAGUUCUUCCAGUAACAUAAUAGACCGUUUGUUCAGUGUUAUGUAAAGGUUACCACACAAACGUUAUUUAUACAUUGUAGAAGAUUUUUUACAUUUCCUCAAUGUUAGGAGAAAAACAUUAGAAUGACAACUAACUUCAAAUGAAUAAGACUGUGUGUGCUGUUUUAAAAGAACAUACUUGGACAAGUUUUGUAGCCUGUUUUGUAGCUAGCUGUUCCUAACUUUUCUCUUAAAUAAUGGAAAGGUUACACAAGUGUUAGAAUUAAACACUUUCAAAACAGUGUUCAGGAAAUCACUACAUAUUGUCAUUAGUAUUUGAUAAAUGUUUUUAUAAUGUUACCAGAAAACAUUUGAACAACAUUCUUUGAACAUAAAUAUAUAAAUACUUUAAAUAUUAACUUUGUAGCUUAAAAUUGGCUUAAGGCUGGAUAUUAAACAGUAAAAUCAGUUGCUAAAGUGGUAGCUUGCCAACAGGAGGCGUCCUAAUGGUGUCCUCUCAUGGGCUGCGUUCGAAUCCACAUAUUUCCCUACUAUAAAGUAGGUAAAAAGCAGUAGGUGAACGAAUAAUAUGUCAGAUUCCUCAGUAUUUAUAAAUACAUGGGUGGUGUAUUAUUUCCCACAAGAUUUGGAUGCACAUAUACAAAUGCGUUUGAAUAUGCAUACCUGCCUGCUAUAUAGUAGGAGAAAACAUGAAGUACAUGAAAAGAGUAGUAUGUUCAAAUCCUCAGUAUUCAUAAAACAUUAGGCGAGAAAUCCCUGGAUGGCCUACUGCUCCCGCCCACUUUUCUACCGGGAGAUGAUAUGUCAUAAUCGAACACGGAGGAGAAAAGCGACACGGGUGUUUUCAAAUGUGAGUGAACACGGUUCCUUGUGUUAAAAUCACCCAUGCCACGCUGCAUUGAUGCAGUAAUUAAUGCAAAAGGAGGCCCAACCACGUAUUGAGUGCAUAGAAAUGAACAUACUUUUCAGAAGCAUGACAUUUCUGUUUAAAAUAUCCUUUUUUAUUGAUCUUAUGAAGUAUUCUAAUUUAUUGAGUGAAAUGGUGGGUUUUUGUUAAAUGUGAGCCAAAAUCAUCACAAUUAAAAGAACCAAAGACUUAAAGUACUUCAGUCUGUGUGCAUUGAGUUUAUUUAAUACACGAGUUCCACAAUUUGAGUUGAAUUACUGAAAUAAAUGAACUUUUCCACGAC